AUAAACACUGAGCAGUUAUCUAUAUAAUUAUUAGUUUUAUGGAAAACUUGAGCGAAUAGCGACGUAUAUUAAAAACACAUGAAUAAUCUCGUCGAGUCAGUUUCGUAUGGGAAUUAUGGCAACAAUGGAAGCAAAAAAAAAAAUGCCGUAAAGAGACUGAUACCGAAAGUUGGUCGUAGUUUUCAAUAUGGCGUCUGUUAGUGUUAACCUCCACGCGAGAAAUCGCAAUGAAGACGAAAUACUUAUAUUCAGUAGCCUUGGCGAUGCAAAAGCACACAUUAAAAAAGAAGAAAUUGAAACAAAUAACCGUUAUAUUAUUGGUUACAGUACCAAAAACUUUGGCAAUUCAGUUGUUACUUCAUCCUCCCAUAAGGUUUGUUGGGUCCAUGGGGUGAACCCUUACAUGUAUGUGAGCCUUGGACAUCAGGUUCUGAAAUGCCACCAUGGUACAGACAAGAAUAAGAAGAAAAAAAUGGAAAAGGAAAAGACAAAGACAUUUAGCAGUGAGCAGCACUCGUAUGCUAAAAAGAAAACAAGGCAUGCAUUGCAGCCCUCCAAAAAAAUGGACUGUCCUGCUUCGAUCAUUCUGAAGGAAGUGUUGAUAUUCACCCCUGAAGAGGGUUCAUCAAGGGAGCUGGACAAAAAAAUGGCUGCUUCUAAUGUGAGGAGUGAUCUGAGUAAAGGCAUCAAGAAGAUAAUGGUGGUGUUUCCUAACGUCGAACACAAGUACCAUACCAGUGGAGAGAAUGCUGGGCUGUUGCAGCGUAUCGACAGUGAUGUUGCGUCAAAAAUCAAAGAGCUUGUGGUGGAAGAUGGCGUUGCAAAUGUUGAAGAGAUGCAACGCCAUCUGACCUCAUUUGUUACGAAAAAUGUAACACCUGCUCCAUCCAAAACUAAUCGGAGAUUUGCCCCUACAAAAAAAGUGAUCCGUUAUCACAUGAACAAGGCAGCAAAAAAUGGAUGUGAUAGUAGUGAUGAUCAACACAACUUAGUACAGCUAAGGAGAUAUCCCAUGGCUUCAAAGUACAAACAAUUUCCUUUCUGGUGGGGUACCACAAACCCAAGGAUACGGGUGGGCAGUUUUCAGCUGCGUGGCUAUCGAAUGCGUCCGCUUUUACAUCAAGGAGGCAUUUCUAGAGAAAAUCGAAAGUGAGCCAUAUCUCUCAACAAUGAGGCAAGUGAAAGGCCUCCAAGACCAGGAACUUUUAAAAAUCCUCAGUGAAGAUAAAUAUCUAGGGGGAGCAUACGUAGAACAUGUCCUGGUUCGCGAGGCUUUGGCAGCCAUCUUUGUAGCAUUUACAGGGGACACAUAUACUAAUGCGAAUGUGGAAUGCUGUUCUAUUAUUCAUCGGUCAACGUUGAGAGCAAUGCAAGCUGCCUGUGCGAUUGGUGAAGCAAAGAAGAAUGAAUUGCUGAACCGGUAUAAGCACAUUUCCGGGAAAUGUUAGGCGAUGUGAUUAUAUUUAUUGUGCUUUGAUGUGUUUAACGAAGUACUAUAACCAAUUACAAUACAUUUCUUAAUAAUCAUUAAUGAUAAUUUCGUGUUUUCAGAUACAAUCAUUUCUUAAUUAUUAUAUAUAAGCCUUUUUAAAUAAAUAAUGCGCGUUUUACGUGUUAUUUAAAAUGUGAACAUUAUAUUAAUCUAAUCGAAAACGAAUUAAUUUUGUUAUUGAAAAAGGGAGAUAACUAUGACUUGAGUUAUACAUUACAUUUGACAGAGUUAUACAUCUCAUUAAAUAACAUUUAAAAAAUGGUGUUAUAUUUUCAUAUAUGAUGUAAAUAAUAACAUACACAUAUUACUUACUAUACUUUUCGGCCGAAGAUGCUAAGAUAAUAAAUUGUUUUGUAAACGAAAAACGCGAUAUAAUUUUCCUUUAUCAUUUACAUUUGUUGUAAAAAGUGAGCAUAUGAAAAUUCUGAUGUCUGAUAGUGUUUUGCCUUUUGUGAAAAGAUUUGUACCAUUGUAACAUUGGAUGUUUUUACGUUUACUGAUGUCCAAGGCUCAUUCAACAUUGGCAUUGGUAUAGGUGUCCCCUGUAAAGGCUACGAAGAUGGCUGCCAAAGCCUCACGUACAAGAGUUAUAGUUUCUAUUUUUGUGAGGAUUCGAUAAUACUGUAAAUUUAACAAGCUCUACAAUAUAACAGAAUUGGCAUCUGUUGACGAUUUAAAAACCUGAAAAAUAUAAAGCAUUAAUUUGGCGAGUUCUGUUGUUUUCGUUAUAUUUUGUGAUAGUACGAUAAUUGCUUUUAUAAAGUAUACACAUAUUGUUGGCAUCUUUUACAUCAAUUUCUUUACAAUAUGACUUUUUCCCCUCGCACCAAGACCAUAAUAUUUAUUGGUUAAACCAAUGAGUUUAUUGUUUGCUGUUGAAUGCCUUACUAUUUAACAUUUGAUAAUCUCAUCCGGAGGUGGGUGCUUUUCUGAGUUUUUUGUUUUGUUUUGUUAAUUAAAUAAUUUUCCAACGUUUAGAACUGUACUGUUUUGGUAAUAUUUAUAUAUGUAUUUCUACUUUUAUUCGCACUUUGAUCGUUGUAAUUUCAAUAGUGUUACGAUUUUACUUAUUUAAGACGCAUUCUGCAGAAUGCACCAACAAUAUCGGGUUUGAUGAACUUUAUUUACUUAGUUUAAUGUCUUUUUUUUAUUAAUACGCUCUCCUUUUCUAUAUGUUGUAAUUGGUCUGCAAAACUAAAGCGUUCAUAUUAACGUCCCUUUUAUUGCUAAAUUUAUAUUUUUCGUCUUGAUUAAAAAUCGAUCCAUUUAUUUAGCAUUUGUGUUUCACCAAAUUUUAUUCAAUGUAUGGUAUGAUUUUCUUGAAACGAGAUAGUUUGCCACAGACGUGUGUCGCACAAAUUUAUAGAUUGUGUGUAAGCCAUUUCACCAUUUAUCCAAUUACACCUUGUAUUGUUAAUGAUUAAAGAUGAAGUUCAUGUAAAUAAUGCUUUGUAAAAACGUCUACUUUAUCUGCAUUUAAGGAGGCGUUUGUAUCAUUAAUUAUGGUAUGAUUGAUUGAUUGUUAUCGUGAUGUUAACUGUAUAUAGUUGUGAAUUAACCAUAUUCGUCGCUUUCGAUGAUGAUUUUAAAAUUCUGUAAGUUGUAAUUAUUUUUUAUUUCUUACCUUUUUAUUCAGGUCCAGGUUUUCGCAAAAAAUAAAUUUAACCAAACAUAGGGCUGUACUAAACAGCACUUAUGUGGCUAAGGAUGGUUAAAUCCCAAAGAUGUGUGUUCGUCUUGAAAUACCGUAUAAAGUUGUAUAUAUUUUGAAUGUAUGUAUGUGCGUACCGUAUUUUAUCAUGCAUAGCGCGCAGUUUUUUACCUUCAAAUUUCAAAAUAAAAAUUCAGUGCGCGUAAUACAUUGACACAGCGCUUUCCUGGUUGCUAAAUUGCAAAAAAUCCAGUUCGUAAUCGUAAAUCUUCACAAUUGCCGCCAUUUUUUUUAUUGCAGAAAACUACACCCUAUAAUGUUAUAGACUGAAGGGGCCGUUGUCGAAACAACAAAAAGCGGGAAAGGGUAGGAAUGAACGGGGUAGUAACAGUUUUGACAAAAAUUAAAAGAUGAAAAAAUGUCUUUGUUGGUGUUUUCACACUUCUUCAUUGAUUGUUCAUUUAAAAAAAUCGAGGUAUAUCGAUCCCCGCGUCGUCGCGGUAUUGUUUGUUAAAGUUUUUGUUGUCAUGAAAACUUGUUGAUUUACAACGCAAAACGUCUUAUUUGAACUGACGCUAAUUAUUUCAAUCAAAUUUUUUUCAACUUCGCUUUUGCUUUAUUUUGAUAAUUUAAUCCAAAGUUUAAUGUUAGCAAUUCUGAGAGUUCGCACUCUAUGUGAAUUGACAGUUUGACGUCAUCAAAGGAAAGCCGCUUCCUGUCUGAAGCAAUAAAGCGACAAGUUUCUCGCCGACAAAAUUGGCUUCUUUUGUCUAGCAAUCAACAUGCCGAACCAAUCGUGUGUUUGUUCCUCAAUGGCAAUCGUCCAAUUAAAUAAUAGCACGUGCACAACUCCGCCUUCGAACCUUUUGCAGAGAACGGAGGUGGAGUUUAACGGUUAAUUGAGCAAGUGUUAUACGUAAGUUGAGUUCCGAUUUGCCGAAAUUUCUCGGCCCUAAGCAUUGAAACGACGAAAACAUUUAUCAAUGAUUUUCCGAUCUCUGCAUUAAUAUGCUACAGUGCGAGUAUACUACGUAGGUUACAAACCAACAAUAGAGAUAUAGACUCGUUUUAAUUUCUUUCAACAGAAACAAAAAAUGAUAUUUGUCUAAUGGCUUUACGCCGAUAACGCCGAUAACGCCAACUGUAUGGAAUUGAGCGUUCGGGUGUAUUGUUUGUGUCACUAUAAAUACUGAUCAACUAGAGGCAGCGAAGGCGCGAAAUACCGGGUCAAACUGGAUUUAAUGGGGAGCAUCUCUUAAUGGGGAAAUAUUUAAGUCGAUGAAAAAUAAAAUGGGAUCCACGGACGAUUUGCGUAAAAUUGGACAUUGCGAUGUUGCGGGUCUGCAGAAGACUAUGUCAUACGAUGUUGUGAGCGGCAGGUAAUGAAAAUGUUCACUGUUCAAAUGUGAGGAAUAGGUAAUAGUGGUUCGAAUUUAAUGCGCAGGGGUCUUGAAAAAACACGCGCAGUGCGCGGCAAUAAGGACAUAUACGGUGUUCUCGAGAGCAUAAUCUUAAAAAUUGUCGAAAAUAUAGUGUUAUGCAACCCAUGCUCCUGAUCGUAUAAACGCUCCCUACUUUAAAACAAAAAAUUAAGCGCCUGAAUAACUCAGAUUAAAUGAUUGCGCAAUAUAAGAAUGGCGGCCAUUUUCAGCCCAAUUUGCAAGUUUUUGGUCUUGAAUUCUUUUUUUUCUCCAUUUUGGCUUUAAAAAAUCGCAUGCGCGUUAUACAUGGGAGCGCGCUAUACAUGGUAAAAUACGGUAUGUACGUACGUACGUACGUACGUACGUACGUACGUACGUACGUACGUACGUACGUACGCAUGCAUGUAUGCAUGCAUGCAUGCACGCACGCACGCACGCACGCACGUACGUAUGUAUGUAUGUAUGUAUGUCAUGACAUACAUAUUAGAUAUAUGUUACAUAUGUUAAUGUCAUUAAUUAAAAACAAACUGAAAAAUCAGUUUGAAUAUGUUCCUCUCCAUACUACAAAUUCUUCUUAUUUUAUGUCUUGUAAGUAAAUUGGUAAAUUUUAGAUAUGCAGUUUCAAUAUUACAGUAGAUUAAAUCAUGUAUUCCCUUCAUAAACAUACCAUGUUAACCAGUUCAUAACAAUAUCGUCCAACCUUUUAUCUUCUACCAUAACUUAUAGAUUGUAUAAACCAUAUAUAAUGUAAACUAUAAGCUUGUAUAAGCUUUAUUGCUGACUAAAUGUUGUUCUUGUUCUAAGCAUUUUUGUUUGUAACAAUUUAUGUAUUAAAACGGAAAAUAUGACAUGAUCAGAGAACAUAAAGUGAUUGACAAUAACAAUCCAUAAAUUAUAA